GUCAAGUACAUGUUUUAUUGAAAAGUUUAAGAAAUAAUUUUGAAAAUCAAGUUAAUAAAAACAUUAAUCAGAAAGUCAUCUGAUUGGCCAGGGAGACAUUUUUGAAUAAGAAACUAAAUAUUUUUCAGAACGAAUUUUUACAGCAGAAAUCAGAAUAACUUUAUUUAUGUCAGACUGGGGAAAUAGUCAUAUUACAGCUGCGGAACAUUCACAACCAAAGUAAAAUAUUUUUAAUCCAUUUUAUUCCUUUUUACUUUUCAACGCGAGGCUGUUUUUUUGACUCUGUUGCAGCUCAGGACUCCCACCAGCGGAUCAGCCUGAACUCAGCUGUCGGAGGCAGGAAUUAUGUCAUCGAGCAGGGAGACGAAGCUGGAUCACAGCGGCUGCAAACGGACUCAUCUCUGCCMGAACCAGACUUCCUGAAGCCCGCUUUAAAGCCUGCAUGAAACGGUCGGGGGGCACGGAUGAGGGUCGGAGGCGGACUUAUGUCAGGGUUUGAAGUCAUCCCAGAUCAGAAGGGCGGACACUGGAUGGCAGCCAGCAGUCGAGCGGGAUGCUGCUGCUGAUCGUUCCUCACGGCCGGGAAUCUUCUCCGACUCCUGCUCCUGCAUCCGGUUAAUUAUGAGCCGCACCAAGUCGCCAUCAGCCCGCUGUAGCUUUCGCCUGAUGACAGGAGGGCGCCCACUUCUGCUUCCAGCCAAUCUAGGCCCUUUAAUCCGCAGAGCAUCAUCACAUCUGAUCUGAUCUGUUCCUCACUCAAUUAUUCUCCCUGAAGCAUCGAUUUUUUUUAAAAGUCUAAAUAUAUUUUUUGGUUCUCGGAGAUGGGCCGCGUCCAUCCCACUAUACCCACAGUGGUGUCCGUCUGCAGGGAGCUGAGGUGAAGCCUGCUGCUCUGCUGUGGAGGUACUGGCAACUUUUCAAUGUGGAGUCAAGGAUCAUUUGCCUUUCCUGCUCAUGUAUAAACCAUCAUGGCCAAUGAACCUGUGAUCCUUAACGUGUAUGAUAUGUACUGGAUAAACGAAUACACCUCCAAUCUGGGCAUUGGAGUCUUCCACUCAGGCAUUGAGAUUUUUGGCAGAGAAUUUGCAUAUGGCGGUCAUCCUUACCCUUUCAGUGGCAUCUUUGAAAUCAACCCUGGAAAUGCUACUGAACUGGGAGAGACUUUCAAAUUCAAAGAGGCAGUUGUUUUGGGGACUACAGACUUUACAGAGGAAGACUUAGAUAAGAUUAUGGAGGAGCUUGGUAAAGAAUUUAAAGGGAACGCUUAUCAUCUAAUGCACAAAAACUGCAACCACUUCUCGUCCUCGCUGUCUGAGUUGCUGUGUGGAAGAGAAAUCCCUCGCUGGGUCAACAGAUUGGCUUAUUUCAGCUCCUGCAUCCCCUUUCUGCAGAGCUGCCUGCCCAAGGAGUGGUUGACCCCGGCAGCUCUACAGAGCCACAUCAGCCUUGGCCUCCAUAAGGAGGAGCAGAGAGAUUUGAGUGAUGAUGACCCUUUGCCACCCCCUGGCACAGCUGCCACUGGCUCAGGCUCCUCCCACAGCUGUCGCCACACCAGGGUGUGACCUCACCCUCUGGACUCUGCAGCACCGCUGCUGGUGGCUUCAGUUGUCUCGAACAACCACCUGACCUCACUGUUUAGCCUCUGAUUGAAAAGGAUCUCCUGAUGAAACUGCUGCCAGGGUCUUCAGACAUGCAGACUGCUUAUCAGCUGACAGGAAUGAAAGCAAACUUUGACCUGAGCACUGAAAUGUGAAAAAACUGAUGUGCAUUUUUYCCCCCCCAAAAAAGAACUUUAAACCUUUGUCAGCUGCCUGUCCCUGCCUUCAAAUCUGCUUUUGUAGAAUGACUUCAUAGAUAAUGACAUUACCGGGAAACAUAUUUUAAAGUUCAACAAGCUCUGGUAAAAUAACCUAUACGUGGCCUUCAAAUAUCGGCCACUCUGAACUCUUUGCGUGCAACUUUUCUUUGGCCAUUCUAGAGAGUUAAAAUAUUUUAAAGUGUUUGUUAUUUUCCUUGGCAUUAAUCUUAUAGAGACAAAGUGUUGAAUGCAGGGGAAAAAAGAACAAAACCCACCCACCUAGAUUUAUUCUAUUCCUUGUGAUAUUUUUGUUUUUAUAUAAAAAAAGAAAUGUCUUUAUUCAGAACUUAAAUACAAACAUCUGUGUAAAACUUUUGAUUUAUGAAGCUUGGAGCAACCUGUCAUGAUGUGUGAACAUUUUAGAAACAUCUCAGAUAAAGGACUUAGCCACUACUUUGACAAAUAUCAACUUUGUCAAUCAGUACUUUUUAUUUCUCGCCCCUAAAAGAUGGACUAAACUCAAUUUGCCUGUG